UUCAUAUCCCCCCAGUUUGUGCUGUCCGCCAUCGGCAGCCCCGGGGCCAGCUUUGUUAUAUGGACUUUCUGUGGGUUGAUAGCCAUGCUUGGGGGGGCUCUGCUAUGCUGAACUGGGCACAGUCAUACCAGAGUCUGGAGCGGAAUAUAUCUACAUGCUGCGGACAGCAGCGAAAGUGGUCGCCUUUAUGUUUGUCCUCAGCUUCAUUGCUGUCAUGAGGCCUGCCAGUGCCACAGGAGUUGCUCUGAGUUUUGCUGAAUACGUCGUGGCCCCCUUUUACAGCGGAUGCAACCCUCCGCAAUUGGUGUUGAAGUUGGUCGCUGCAGGAGCUAUCAUGGUGCUGACCGCAGUAACCUGUCUGAGUGUCCGCUUGGCCACCGCCAUCCAGGUGGUUUCCAUGGUAGUCAAACUGCUGGCACUGGCCGUGAUCAUAUUGGGAGGUGUUGUGAUGCUUUUCCAGGGACACACUGAGAACUUUGAGAACUCCUUCGAGGGAACAAAUGUCGAUGUCAGCUCCAUUGGCAUUGCUUUCAGGGCUUGUGGUCUUAUGACGGUUUGAACACUUUGAAUUUUCUUACUGAGGAGCUGAAACAUCCAGAAGUAAGAGUUUCAUGUUUUUACA